AUGGUAGCGGACAUGAGAAAUAGAAUGAGCUUGUUUGUUGUUGGGCUGUCUAGGUUGUCAAGUAAGGAAGGUAGGGCUACAAUGCUUAUCGGGGACAUGUACAUAUCCAGGUUAAUGGUCUAUGUACAACAGGUUGAGAAAGAGAAGCUGAGGGACAGGGAAGAGUUCAGAAGUAAGAGAGCCAAGACCGGUAACGAGUCCAGGCAGCAGAAAGAGAGGAAUUUAAUGGCCAGAAUUCGAAGGACUUCAAGGCUAGACCAACACAGUCUUCAGAUAGUGUGGCACAAAGAGGUAGUUUGUUUUCGGCAUGUGCUAGGUGUGGAAGAGUCCAUCCAGGGAAGUGUCGUCAGGGCCAGACAGGUGAAGGUUGAGCACCAAAAGCCCGCUGGGCUAGUUCAGGAAAUAGCCAUUCCUUUAUGGAAGUGGGAAGCAAUUAAUAUGGAUUUUAUUACAGGGUUACCUCAAUCGCGUCGCAUGUUUGACUCUAUUUGGCCCCAUGGCCUUGGGGGCGCUGUGUUCAUGCAUGCAAGUCCUGACAAACGACUGAGGAGACCUCCUCAGCAGCAGGAUUGA